CACCGCUCCUGCCUCCACAGGCCCCUCCUCCCGACCCGCCCCGACCCGCCCGCCGCACACAUGUGCCCGCACCCAGCGGCGGGCGCUCCGUCGGGGCUGGCGAGUGCCGCCACCUCCCCGACACCGCGCCAGCAGCUCCGCGCCGGCACCGCGUCCCUCGGGCGCGGGGAGCAGGUGGCCGCGCCAUGGCUGCCGCGUACCUGCUGGGCAACGGGUCCGCGCCGCUCCUCGCCGGCGCCCUGGAGGUCCCGUUCGCCGCCAACGCCUCCGCCUGCCGCCCUCCCGGGCCGCCCUGCACAGCCGCGCCGCCGGGCGCCUGGGGAAACACCUCGGCGGCGGCGGCGGCGGCGGCGUUGGGCUGGAACCGCUCCGAGCCCUGCGGUGGCGGCAAUGGCAGCGCGGGCGGCGGCGGGCCCUGCGCGCCCGCGGGCGGCGGCCCCUCCGUGUUCACGGCCAUCGCCAUCAUGGCCCUCUACUCCGUGGUCUGCGUCGUGGGGCUCUUCGGCAACUUCUUGGUCAUGUAUGUCAUCGUCAGGUACACAAAAAUGAAGACUGCCACCAACAUCUAUAUUUUCAAUCUUGCCUUGGCAGAUGCCCUAGCAACAAGUACUCUGCCAUUCCAGAGUGUGAAUUACUUGAUGGGAACAUGGCCGUUUGGUACCAUCCUCUGUAAGAUUGUUAUAUCCAUAGACUACUACAAUAUGUUCACCAGUAUCUUUACGCUCUGCACCAUGAGUGUAGAUCGCUACGUAGCUGUUUGCCACCCAGUUAAGGCUCUUGAUUUCCGUACCCCCAGAAAUGCCAAAAUUGUCAAUGUCUGCAACUGGAUUCUCUCUUCUGCCAUUGGCCUGCCAGUUAUGUUCAUGGCAACUACUAAAUACAGGCAUGGCUCUAUUGACUGCACACUUGCAUUCUCCCACCCUGCAUGGUACUGGGAGAACCUCCUGAAAAUCUGUGUGUUCAUCUUUGCCUUCAUCAUGCCAGUCCUGAUAAUUACUGUGUGUUAUGGGCUGAUGAUUUUACGCCUGAAGAGUGUUCGCAUGUUAUCCGGCUCCAAAGAGAAGGAUAGGAACCUGCGGAGAAUCACAAGGAUGGUUCUUGUAGUAGUGGCAGUGUUUAUUGUCUGCUGGACUCCCAUCCACAUUUAUGUCAUCAUUAAAGCCCUGGUCAACAUCCCAGAAACUACUUUCCAGACUGUCUCCUGGCACUUCUGUAUUGCUCUAGGGUAUACAAAUAGCUGCCUUAAUCCAGUCCUUUAUGCAUUUCUAGAUGAGAAUUUCAAAAGGUGUUUCAGAGAGUUCUGCGUCCCCACUUCCUCAACCAUUGAGCAGCAAAACUCCACCCGAAUCCGGCAAAACACUCGUGACCAUGCUUCCACUGCCAACACUGUGGAUAGGACUAACCAUCAGUUGGAACUUCAAGAAGCUGAAACUACUCCACUGCCGUGACAGGGUCUCCUGCUGCAUGGCUCUCAAAGCAGUUGUACACCAGUGCCACAGUGUGUCUGGGCAGUAUGCUAUGGGAACGUGUAGGAUAUACUUUCCCUCAAAAAAAUACCACAGAGGAAAGCACCCGCUUUUCCAGUCUGUCACAAAUUGCUUCUGCAGCACAUCUACUUUGCGCAGAAUAGAAGCAUGAAAUAUAACAGCAAGCAGAGCCAAGAGAUACGGGGGCUUGCCAGGCUCCAGUGUUCAAAACAGUCAUGUUUACCAGGAAUACGUACACGAGUCUAAAACACAGCUAUUGUGCCUGUAGCAAUCUGACAUGCUCUUGAUAAGUUUACAGUGGUAAAACAGGUUGGAAACAAAAAUUCAAAGGCUGGACAACUAUACUUUGAAAAAUGAAAGUGAGCUUUUAAUGAUGGGAAAUAAUGGGAUAUGAAGUUGUAAUAUCGUUGGGUACACUCUAUUUAUUCUUAAAAUUUGUAGAAGUGUUUCCUGUGCGGGUUAUUUGCGUGCUGAAGUCUAACAAGGUCAUCUAGAACAACACAUUUGCAGUUCAACAGGUCUUCUCUUACAGGAUUGCAAUUUCAAAGGGAAAAUAUUUCUUUCAGUGAUCACUUAAAAAAACACCCCAAAACUCCAAGCUUCACCUUCUGCUUCUGUUUCUCAUGUAAGAAAAGAGUAAAAUCAAAACAAUGAGCUAUCAUUUUUUCUAAAAGAGAUGAGUAAAUGAAAGUAUUCCAUGUUAUUGAUUGUCAAAUUAUCCCCAAAACACUAUACAUUAACAUAAAUUCCUUUGUGAAUAGAAAUGUAGCUAUAAGCCUGUCAAAGCUUGCACAGGCUGAUGAUGUCUUCUCUUUCAAAUAGUUUCUCAAAUUUCAGUUGCUCUGUCAGCAACAUUUUCAAUUUGUAAGUCAUCAACAGCCCCUAUGUGAAGUGCUUGGAGCAGUUAAUGCAUUAGUCCUGUUUUAAAAAACAAAACCAAAAAAACCCAGACAAACAAACAGAAAGGUUACAUUUUGCUAGAUAUCUAUUUUUUCUUAACCAAACCCGUAAUAUCUUUGCUUUUCUAACUAGUGUAAUACAGUCUGCAUCUGCAUUUUGUAUUAGCUGCUAAAACACAUUAAGAUUUCAGGAGAGAACAUUGUACUGCAGUAAAUGCCUCCUUAGCUGUUUUCUAGUAUGAGAAAUAGAAAUAUCCAUGUAGAUAAUUUGUGGUGUGAUGGUAUUUUCUAGACAUUGUUUGUUACUUGGUUUGUAAAUAAAUCAUCAGUAGUUAACCAGGGGAAAAUAUACUUUGAUGAAUUUAAGUGUAUUCUAAAAUACAGCUCUAUGGAACAGGGAGGUUUUUUGUCUUUUUCGUUCUGCAGCCAAAAUGUAUUUCUUAUUUUAAUUGUUAAAAAUCUAUGUAACAAUAAGCGUUUAAUGUGAAAUUGUUUCUGCCAUAGACUGCAUAAUAAAGAUUGAAGGCCAAAUACUUGCAAGUUGUAAAUUAAAGGAUUAUUUGAGUUUCAACACUGUGUUCCAGCUAAACGUGUAGUCUAGAUAUCAGAAUAUGAAACUAAAUAUAAGGGAAGUGCCUUAUUUUUUUUCCCUUUCUGUUGAAAAUUCCACUGUGUUGUCACGUGGAUUUAAUGUUUAAUUUUGUAUUAGUUUAGCUGUAUAAUCUCAUAGUCAUCAUUAAAGUUUAAAACAGAGUCAUCACCA